UAGCGAGCGGAUGGCUGGCAGAGGGAGGAGGCGCUGAAAGCCGGUCGGAGCGACGAGCCGGUCAAAGGAAAAAAAGGAACAGCACCACAAGUUUGUUCGGUUUUUCUCGCCGAACUCCAAGUGUGAUCGAAGUGGUUCAGGUGACUUCACCUGCGGUCGUUCUGCCAUCUCAGCUCCUUCUCUGCUUCAUCCCUGCCUCGUCUGUCUGAGAGUGAGUGAGCGCAGCGCUGAGAGAGGCCGUGUCGGCAGCAGCAGCAGCAGGCGGCGGACGGUGACGUGUGUGGGGAAACAGACAGACUCUGUUUGGGCGAUUCACCAUGGGUGACAUCAGUGAUCUGGACAGACAGAUUGACCAGCUGAGGAGGUGUGAGCUCAUCAAGGAGAAUGAGGUCAAAGCCUUGUGUGCCAAAGCCAGGGAGAUUCUUGUGGAGGAGAGCAAUGUACAGAGAGUGGAUUCUCCAGUUACGGUGUGCGGUGACAUCCACGGACAGUUUUACGACCUGAAGGAGCUUUUCAGAGUCGGUGGUGACGUUCCAGAAACAAACUACCUCUUCAUGGGAGACUUUGUGGACAGAGGCUUUUACAGUGUGGAGACUUUCCUCUUGCUUCUGGCACUUAAGGUGCGCUACCCAGACAGAAUCACGCUGAUCCGGGGGAACCACGAGUCCAGGCAGAUCACGCAGGUGUACGGCUUCUACGACGAGUGUUUGAGGAAGUACGGCUCGGUCACAGUUUGGAGGUACUGCACGGAAAUCUUCGACUACCUUUCCCUCUCAGCCAUCAUCGACGGCAAGAUCUUCUGCGUGCACGGCGGCCUCUCGCCCUCCAUCCAGACUCUGGACCAGAUCAGGACCAUUGACAGGAAACAGGAAGUGCCACACGAUGGACCAAUGUGUGACCUGUUGUGGUCUGACCCUGAAGACACUACAGGCUGGGGAGUCAGCCCGAGAGGAGCAGGGUAUCUGUUCGGCAGUGACGUUGUGGCCCAAUUCAACGCUGCCAACGACAUUGAUAUGAUUUGCAGAGCCCACCAGCUCGUCAUGGAGGGCUACAAGUGGCACUUUAAUGAAACUGUGCUCACUGUGUGGUCCGCUCCCAACUACUGCUACAGGUGCGGUAACGUGGCGGCCAUCCUGGAGCUGGACGAACACCUGCAGAAGGAGUUUAUCAUAUUCGAAGCUGCUCCACAGGAAACGCGAGGCAUUCCCUCCAAAAAGCCAGUGGCCGACUACUUCCUGUGAGGCCGCGGCGACUUUAGGAACCUUUCCGCAGGAAGCGAGUCCUGCAUCUUCUCGUAUUUCUAUUAUCUAUCCACCCUUUCCCUGCCCAGCUGUCUUAACUGUGUUCUUCUCUUUUUUUACUCUAUAUCAUUUCAAUCUUUUUCUACUUUUUUUGGUCCUUUAUAAGCAUCCUGCUCUCUCUCUCUCUCUCUCGCUGUCUCUCACUCUCUCUGCCCCACACUCAAAUCGCCUGGAUUUCUCUCGCACACAGACUCGGCAUUACGGCCUCUCGCACCGCUGUGAAGUAACCUGCUCUCAUAAACACGCUGUUAGCUGUAGGCGUUUCUCUGACCAAUGUGAAUAGCACUACGUACAGCUGAGGCAACCACGGAUUCGGGAGACGCGCCCAAAGCCCACGCCGUCUUCACAGGCUCACCUGCAGGCUGAAAGAGAGGCUAUUGGACGCCCGCUUUUUUUUUUUCUUUUUUUUAAAGUCUCUUUUUUUCAAAAUAUUCCCUUAUGUUUUAAACAUGUAGGAGAACAUGUGACAUUUCCACUCUUUAUCCUAGUUUAUACAUUCUUUUAUCCCCCCCUCGAGUCACAGUCGUACAGAUUUUGACUUUCGUGAAGGAAUCCCUGCGGGGGCUUGACCCCGCAAUGAUUUAAAAAAAGAAAAAAGAAAGAAAAGCUUACACUGGAAAGAAUUGGAACACAAGCAGCAGAACCAACCUGUUUUAGACAUGCUUUUUUUUCCUCUGACUGUUCUCUCAAUAGGUCUAAAUGUUGAUUUUUAUUAUUAUUUGUGACAAUAAACUGUACUUUUGUAUGAA